CUUAAUUUCAUCUUUCAAUCUCUCUAAUGGUGCUCCACCUCCUGCCCUCUUUAUAUACACACUAAAAAACACUCACAAAACCCUAAAACACACAAAACCCUAAAAAAAACACAAACACAGAGAUAUAAUACACAGCAUUGGCUCUGUUUUUACUUCUGACUGAUUGGGUACUUGUUAAACUUCUGAUUCUUAUUGCUCUCUGCAAGCUUUUCUGAGUAAGAAAAUUAGUUGAAGCAAGAGCUUUUGAAAAAUGGCGCCCAAGAAUGGACGUGGGAAGACCAAGGGAGAUAAGAAGAAGAAGGAAGAGAAGGUUCUACCAGUUGUUGUGGAUAUAACUGUGAAUCUUCCUGAUGAUACCCAUGUUAUAUUGAAGGGAAUAUCGACAGAUAGAGUUAUAGAUAUUCGUCGACUAUUAUCCGUGAAUACAGUAACAUGCAACAUCACAAAUUUUUCGCUCUCUCACGAGGUAAGAGGACCACGAUUGAAAGAUACGGUGGACGUUGCAGCAUUGAAGCCAUGCACGCUCAAUCUCAUUGAGGAGGACUACGACGCUGAAACCGCCACGGCACAUGUCAGACGAUUGUUGGACAUCGUUGCUUGCACGACGUCGUUUGGUCCGUCGCCGGUGGUCAAGGAGGAUUUUGGCAUUAAUGUGCCGGAAACCAAGACCGGAAAGAAGACGAGCAAAUCACAACAAACCAAUAAGCGGUCCUCGAGUGUGACGACUUUGACUCCUCCAUCGCAACAGUCGCAGUCGAAAGAUGUCUCCGUGGAUGGAGAGGGAGAGCUGAGCAACUCGUGUCCCAAGCUUGGUAGCUUUUACGAAUUCUUCUCCCUCUCUCACCUCACUCCUCCUAUCCAGUAUGUAAGGAGGGCAACACGGCAAAAUGAAGAUGACAUUUUAAUUGAUGAUCAUCUUUUCUCGCUUGAAGUGAAGUUGUGCCAUGGAAAGCCUGCCCAUAUAGAAGUCUAUCGAAAAGGAUUUUGCAGCAUCGGGAAGCAGCGAAUUUUAUGUCACAACCUUGUUGAUUUGCUGCGGCGACUUAGCAGAGCAUUUGAGAAUGCUUAUGAGGACCUCAUUAAAGCAUUCACAGAAAGGAACAAGUUUGGAAAUCUCCCGUAUGGGUUGAGAGCCAAUACAUGGCUGAUACCUCCUGUUGCAGCACAAGCGCCUUGGGUUUUCCCACCUCUUCCUGCAGAGGAUGAAAGUUGGGGAGGAAAUGGGGGUGGUCUGGGAAGGGAUGGAAAAAGUGAUUUGCAUCCUUGGGCUACUGAAUUCAUGUAUGUUGCAUCUAUGUCUUGCAAAACUGCACAAGAUAGGCAGAUUCGAGACAGGAAAGCUUUCCUAUUGCAUAGCUUAUAUGUCGAUGUUGCCAUUUUCAAAGCCAUUUUAGCCAUUCAACACAUAAUGGAAAACCCAAACAUAAAUCAUUCUAAUUUCACUAUACAUACGGAGAGCAUCGGUGACUUGAGAAUCAGAGUCUUUAAGGAUACUCCUGAUGCUAGCUGCAAAAUAGAUACAAAGAUUGAUGGAUCGCAAGCAACUGGGGUGCAGAAAGAAAAUUUGGUGGAGAGAAACCUACUGAAAGGGAUCACUGCUGAUGAGAACACUGCUGCUCAUGAUAUAGCUACUCUUGGUGUUGUGAAUGUAAGGUAUUGUGGUUAUACUGCUGUCGUGAAAGUUGAGGAGAGAAAAGAUGACAAGAAACAUUCUCCAUUGCCAUACAUUGAGCUUCUCGAUCAGCCUGAUGGAGGAGCAUGCGCCCUCAAUAUCAACAGUUUGAGGUUGCUGCUUCAUAAAAAAACAAGUAGCAUUCUUCCUAAUUUGAAAAGAUCUGAAGGCGAAGAGCUCGGUACUUCUCGAGUCCUUGUGGAGAAACUACUAAAGGAGAGUUUAAUGAAGCUUCAGGAAGAGUGUGUUGAAUCUGACAAGUUUACAAGAUGGGAACUUGGAGCUUGCUGGAUACAACAUUUACAAGAUCAAAAGAAAACAGAAAAAGACAAGAAAGCUUCUACUGAAAAGGUGAAGGUUGAAGGGCUCGGGACAGCUCUUCGAUCUUUAAAAAACAAGAAAAAGGAUUUGGAAGUUGUUGAUGCUGUGAAUGGGGAAGUCGAGAAUUCUGUGUUGGACUUUGUUGUAGAAUCUCCCAACUCAGAUGAAAAUGACAACGCUUUAAAAAAACUGUUAUCUGAUGCUGCUUUUACUCGGCUUAAAGAGUCAGAAACUGGGCUCCACUGCAAGUCUUUGUUGGAGCUGAUUGACCAAUCUCAAAAAUAUUACAACGAAGUUGCUCUUCCAAAAUUGGUUGCAGAUUUUGGUUCUUUGGAACUAUCACCGGUUGAUGGGCGAACUCUAACUGAUUUUAUGCACACACGAGGUCUCCGCAUGCGUUCUUUAGGACAAGUGGUUAAGUUGUCAGAAAAAUUAUCACAUGUGCAAUCUCUAUGUAUACAUGAGAUGAUAGUACGAGCUUUUAAGCACAUUAUACAGGCAGUGAUUGCUGCUGUUUCUAAACCAGAGGAAAUGGCUGCUGGAAUUGCUGCUGCACUGAAUCUGAUGCUUGGGGUUCCUGAAAGUAAACAAUCUUGUGUUCAUUCUGUAACAAAGACAUGGCUAGAAGUUUUCUUGAAGAAGCGAUUUGACUGGGAUCUUGCCAGCUUUAACUACACAGAACUUAGAAAAAUUGCUAUACUACGUGGGUUAUGCCAUAAGGUUGGCAUUGAGCUGGUUCCAAGAGAUUUUGAUAUGAACUCUCCCCAGCCUUUCAAAAAGGAGGACAUCAUCAGCUUAGUACCAGUGCAUAAGCAAGCAGCAUGCUCGUCUGCUGAUGGACGCCAACUCCUGGAAUCAUCAAAAACUGCCCUCGACAAGGGAAAGCUGGAAGAUGCAGUUAGCUAUGGGACAAAGGCUCUUGCAAAGCUAGUUGCAGUGUGUGGUCCUUAUCACCGAAUAACUGCAGGAGCUUACAGUCUCCUUGCUGUGGUUUUGUAUCACACUGGGGACUUCAACCAGGCCACAAUCUACCAACAAAAAGCUUUGGACAUCAAUGAGAGAGAACUGGGAUUAGAUCAUCCAGAUACCAUGAAAAGCUAUGGGGAUCUUGCUGUGUUCUACUAUCGCCUUCAACAUACAGAGUUGGCUCUCAAGUAUGUAAAACGAGCAUUGUAUUUGCUACAUCUUACAUGUGGCCCAUCACAUCCAAAUACGGCUGCCACGUACAUUAAUGUAGCUAUGAUGGAGGAAGGUCUGGGAAAUGUCCAUGUCGCCCUCAGAUAUCUCCAUAAAGCUCUCAAGUGCAACCAAAAGUUACUUGGGCCAGACCAUAUCCAGACUGCUGCAAGUUACCAUGCAAUUGCAAUUGCUCUCUCUUUAAUGGAAGCUUAUCCUCUGAGUGUUCAGCAUGAACAAACAACCUUGCAGAUACUACGCGCAAAACUUGGCCCAGAUGAUCUACGCACACAGGAUGCUGCUGCUUGGCUCGAGUAUUUUGAAUCCAAGGCUCUUGAACAGCAAGAAGCUGCAAGAAAUGGGACUCGGAAACCCGAUGCAUCCAUAGCUAGCAAAGGCCAUCUUAGUGUAUCGGAUUUGCUUGACUAUAUCAAUCCAAGUCAUGAUGGACAAGGGGCUGAUGGUAUGGGUUUAAAACGUAAAACCUAUAUCCAGAAGUUGAAGGGAAAAAGCUACCAAACCUUGGAGGUGGCAAAUGCUGAGGAGGCAUCUCCAAAAGAUCUUCUGAAACAAGUUACAGAUGAAGAGAAACAAGAGGCAACCCUUGAACAUGAGAUUCAAGUGAAUCACGAAUCCACCUAUCUAUCUGUUGAGUCGAUACCACCAAUCAAGGAAGAAAGUGUUGAAGAAACACCAGUUCCAGUUCCAGUUGCUUCCGAGCUUCAGCCACCAGAGGAAACGGGUGCACAGAACCAAAACCCUAACCCUAACCCUAACCAUUCUAGUAAUGAAGGAGGAGGAGAAGAAGGGUGGCAAGCGGUUCAAAGGCCAAGAUCAGCAGGCUCAUAUGGACGUCGACUAAGACAGAGGAAAGCAGCAGCGGGUCUCAACAAGUUUUAUGGCUAUCAAAAGAAAGGUGUAGUUGAUGAGUCUGAAAAUGGAAUUGGAAGGUUUCACUUUGUAAAGAAACGAGUGAUGUCUCCUUCAACUUAUGUUGACUACCACACUGCUACUCCUAAUCAUAAUAAAUUUGGGCGUAGAAUUGUCAAAGGUUUGACAUACAGAGUUAAGUCCUCGGGGCCUGUGCCUGUGGAAGAAACUAAUUCUAAUUCUUCGUCAUCUGAACAAACAACGAAAGAAGUAUCAGUAGGACAUGUACCACAGACACAGAGAAGAUCCAUGGUCAGGGACGGAGAUGAUGACAUUAUUCCUGAUGAUAAGGAAAUCGAUAAUGGUAAGCACAAGGAAUCUGUUGUUAAAGAAGCGGAAGAAGAGAUUUCUGAGAAAGUGGAUACGAAAGAUGAAACAGAAGAAACUCAUUUAGGAGAUGAUGUGCUCCCUGCAAAUUGCAGAUGUGGUGGAGGUUGA